AUGAGAGAUUUAUCCACGUCCUUGCCGAGGGAGCUUGUUUCCAUCCUGGAGCCCUUGCUGGCCUACCAGGUUGGUGACUACUCCCUCAAGACUUCUUAUAAGUCUAAAAAGUCCACCCUGUCCAUCUCCUUUGACCUAGCUCAAAGAAAGAGGCCUCUGGGCAAAGCUACGGCAAAACCCAAGCCUCAGGAGAACCCCUAUCUGGCCCCUACCCUUCCUGCACCUCGCCCGGUACAGAAGGUCAGGCCUCCAAGGAGGAAGAAGUCCCCAUCAGUCUCCGUCAUGGAGAUUGAGGAGACCCUUCCCUCUACCCCCCUCUACAUCCCGUCUCCAGAGGCUUUCCCCCGGUCAACACCCACCGCGACAGCUGAGUGCCAGACAUCCACACCGGCUCCGCCUGCACUCAAAGACAGCCAAACCCAGACUUCCCCACCAGAGCCUCCCUCGCUCAAGGACAGCCAAACCCAGACUACCCCACCAGAGCCUCCCUCGCUCAAGGACAGCCAGACCCAGACUACCCCACCAGAGCCUCCCUCGCUCAAGGACAGCCAGACCCAGACUACCCCACCAGAGCCUCCCUCGCUCAAGGACAGCCAGACCCAGACUACCCCACCAGAGCCUCCCUCGCUCAGCAACAGCCAGACCCAGACUGCCCCACCAGAGCCUCCCUCGCUCAAGGACAGCCAGACCCAGACUACCCCACCAGAGCCUCCCUCGCUCAAGGACAGCCAGACCCAGACUACCCCACCAGAGCCUCCCUCGCUCAAGGACAGCCAGACCCAGACUACCCCACCAGAGCCUCCCUCGCUCAAGGACAGCCAGACCGAGACUACCCCACCAGAGCCUCCCUCGCUUUGCAACAGCCAGACCCAGACUACCCCACCAGAGCCUCCCUUGCUCAGCGACAGCCAGACCCAGACCUCCCCGGUCGAGGUCCCCCCCACGGGACAGGGACCUUCGGGCUACCUUGCUAGAGCGAGCGGAGGGCCUCAUCAAGCACUACAAAGCUCACCCUGA